CCGGCGCCCCGGACGAUGCUCAAGUCUCGGCUCCGCAUGUUCCUGAACGAGCUGAAGCUGCUGGUGCUGACGGGCGGGGGGCCCCGGGCCGAGCCGCAGCCCCGGGGGGGCGGGGGAGGCGGCUGCGGCUGGGCGCCCUUCGCCGGCUGCUCCGCCCGGGACGGCGACGGCGACGAGGAGGAGUACUACGGGUCGGCCGAGCCGCGGGCCCGGGGCCUGGCCGGCGACAAGGAACCGCGGGCCGGACCCCCGCCGCCGCCCGCGCCGCCGCCGCCGCCGCCCCCGGGCGCGCUGGACGCCCUGUCGCUCAGCAGCAGCCUGGACAGCGGGCUCCGAACCCCCCAGUGCAGGAUCUGCUUCCAAGGCCCGGAGCAGGGGGAGCUCCUGAGCCCUUGCCGCUGCGACGGCUCCGUGCGCUGCACCCACCAGCCCUGCCUCAUCCGCUGGAUCAGUGAGAGGGGCUCCUGGAGCUGUGAACUCUGCUACUUCAAGUACCAGGUCCUGGCGAUCAGCACCAAGAACCCGCUGCAGUGGCAGGCCAUCUCCCUGACCGUCAUCGAGAAGGUCCAGAUUGCCGCCAUCGUUCUGGGCUCCCUCUUCCUGGUCGCCAGCAUCUCCUGGCUCAUCUGGUCCUCGCUCAGCCCUUCAGCUAAGUGGCAGCGCCAGGAUCUCCUCUUCCAGAUCUGCUACGGCAUGUACGGCUUCAUGGAUGUGGUCUGCAUAGGCCUCAUCGUUCACGAAGGCUCUUCCGUCUACCGCAUCUUCAAGCGCUGGCAGGCAGUGAACCAGCAGUGGAAGGUCCUGAACUAUGACAAGACCAAGGACACGGGAGGAGAUACAGGGGGAGGGACGACGGGGAAGCCAGGCCCCAGGACCUCACGGACCAGCCCCCCGGCCGGGGCCCCCAGCCGGCCUCCAGCCGCCCAGCGCAUGCGGACGCUCUUGCCUCAGCGCUGUGGCUAUACAAUCCUGCAUCUCCUCGGACAGCUACGGCCACCGGAUGCCCGUUCCAACUCUCAUUCUGGCCGAGAGGUUGUGAUGAGGGUCACCACGGUCUGACCUGGACUCCAGGGGCAGGGAUCUCAAGUGAGGGCGCGCCAGCCGGAGACGAGCUCUCCCGGCUGCUGCUGGAGGUGACGGCCUAGGCAAGGCGUGUGGGGCACAGUGGCCCCACCACCGAGGAUCUCUGUGGACAGCCUCAAGCUCGGAGACAUUGUCAGGCCUCUGCUGCCCACAGGGUAGAGACGCCUGGAUGACAUUCCAGCUCCCACUGACACCACCUCAUACUCAUCCUGAGGAUGGCCAGCAGGCAGGCGGGGAGAACAGCUUGCCUUCUUGGAGAGAACCAUCUUUACCUCAGCUCUAGGGCCUCCAGUCCCCUGGCUCCACCAUGGUGACUUGGUAAAGGGAGACCAAUGCCAGAAAAACAGGGGCCGUAGACCCCCCCCAUUCCCCACCCCAUGGCCACAGGGCAUCUGGCAAUAAGACUGGUAAACAUUGACCUCCCGUUCCCUGCAUGAGGGCGGGGGGACUUCCCCCCUGCCCCACCCCCCAUUGCAUGGGGGAGGGCAUAAAGAAUCAUUUAUAUGCACGU